UGGAUGAGGUCGCUCAGAGUAAGAUGAGAAGAGAAGAGAGUUGACGUUUGGGUGGCGGGAAGGAGAAGAAGAGCCCAUGAAGGAGACUGAGGAAGAGCAGCCAGAUGGAUAGGAGGAGAGCCAGAAGAUGGUCUCUGGAGUCCGUGAGGAGCGCUCUCAGGAGGAAGUGGUCCGCUCUGUCAAGACUGUGCACUAUGGACGAUUUUGAUGAGGGAGACUUCAGUUUGGCAGAUGACGACUUAUUGGAAGGUUGCCUUUACGAGGAUGACUGUAUCUGUGCUCCCGACUUUACCACUGACGAUUAUGUCCGGGUGACUGAGCUCUACUAUGACCGAGUGGGUAUGCAAUAUAAAGAUUAUGCCCAAAGUGAGAAAAAUUUAGAAUAUGACAUCUGCAAUAUGUGGUGUAGUAAGCCACUUUCUAUCCUGCAAGAUUACUGUGACACCAUUAAGCUAUAUAUCUUCUGGCCGCUUCUUUUUCAUCAUCAACACAGUUCUAUAAUAUCAAGAUUGCAUCCCUGUGUGGAAGCCACCCGUUCUCGUGCCGCUGAGCUAAGUUUGAAGAAAUUACAGCAUCUUGAGUUGAUGGAAGACAUUGUGGAUUUGGCAAAGAAAGUUGCAAAUGAUUCAUUCCUUAUUGAAGGCUUACUAAGAAUUGGUUAUAAAAUAGAAAAUAAAAUCUUGGCAAUGGAAGAAGCUUUAAGUUGGAUAAAAUACACAGGUGAUUUAACAAUUCUACCUAAAUUAGGAUCAGUUGACUGUUGCUGGCCCAUGCUAAGUGUUUUCUUUACUGAAUAUAAGUACCAUAUCACUAAAGUCGUAACUGAGAAUUGCAACUUGCUUGAGGAAUUUAGAAGGAACUGUUGCAUGCAUUGUGUGAAGCAAGGAGAACUCAUGAAAAUGAGAGGAAAUGAAGAGUUUUCCAAACAGAGAUUUGAUCUAGCUGUUAUUUUUUACACCAGAGCCAUUGAAUAUAGACCUGAAAACCAUCUUCUUUAUGGUAACCGAGCUCUCUGUUUUCUUCGUAUGGGACAGUUUAGAAACGCACUUAGUGAUGGAAAGAGAGCCAUUGUUUUGAAGAACACCUGGCCAAAGGGUCAUUAUCGUUAUUGUGAUGCUCUUUCUAUGCUGGGGGAAUAUGACUGGGCCCUGCAAGCAAACAUAAAAGCUCAAAAACUGUGUAAAAAUGACCCUGAGGGAAUCAAGGAUCUAAUUCAGCAGCAUGUAAAGUUACAAAAACAGAUAGAAGACCUGCAAGGUCGGACAUCAAUUAAGAAUCCACUUAGAGCUUUUUAUGAAAGCAGGGCUUACAUACCUAGAAACUCUUCAGCACCUGCUUUUAGAACAUCUCUUAACUUUGUGGAAACAGAGAGAGCUUUCAGAAAAACCAAGUACAGAAUGGCAAGUGGUGGCGAUCAGAAUCAAAAGGUGGCAGAUGAGGCUUUGAAGGGAGACGAUUGUGACUGUCAACCUGAAUUUCUGCCACCUCCAAGUCAGCCUCCAAAGCAUAAAGGAAAACAAAAAUCACGAAACAAUGAAUCAGAAAAGCCGAGUCCUAAUUCACAAUUGACUUUACCAUUAGAUUUGAAAAGCAUUUUGGAGAAACAGUUUUCAAAAUCUUCCAGAGCUAUACACCAGGAUUUUGCUAACAUCAUGAAAAUGCUGAGAAGCUUAAUUCAGGAUGGGUACACAGCCUUGUUGGAGCAUCGCUGCCGCAGCGCAGCCCAGGCCUUUACAGAGCUGCUAAAUGGUUUAGACCCUCAGAAGAUCAGGCAAUUGAACCUGGCCAUGAUUAAUUAUGUACUGGUAGUCUAUGGACUUGCUGUUUCCCUCCUUGGAAUAGGACGGCCUGAGGAGCUGUCUGAAGCAGAAAACCAAUUCAGAAGGAUCAUCGAGCACUACCCCAAUGAGGGGCUUGACUGCUUGGCCUACUGUGGAAUAGGAAAAGUGUAUCUGAAGAAAAACAGAUUUCUUGAGGCUCUUAAUCACUUUGAAAAAGCAAAGACUCUGGUUUACCGUCUCCCUGGAAUUCUCACUUGGCCCACAAGCAAUGUGGUUAUUGAAGAAUCUAAGCCAGAAAAAAUCAAGACAAUGCUGGAGAAGUUUGUUGAAGAAUGCAAGUUUCCCCCUGUGCCUGAUGCUGUUUGCUGCUAUCAGCAGUGCCGGGGAUAUUCCAAAAUUCAGAUUUACCUAACUGAUCCGGACUUUAAGGGUUUUAUACGAAUCAGCUGUUGUCAGUACUGUAAGGUGGAAUUUCACAUGAACUGCUGGAAAAAGUUGAAAACAACAACUUUCAAUGACAAAAUUGACAAGGAUUUUCUACAAGGAAUUUGUUUCACGCCUGACUGUGAGGGAAUCAUUUCCAAGAUUAUCAUCUUUAGCAGUGGUGGUCAAGUUAAAUGUGAAUUUGAACACAAGGUCGUAAAAGAAAAGGCUCCUUCAAGACCUAUUCUGAAACAGAAAUGUUCUAGCCUAGAGAAGUUAAGACUGAAAGAAGACAAAAAAGUAAAGCGGAAGAUCCAAAAACAAGAGGCCAAAAAGUUAGCACAAGAAAGAAAGGAAGAGGACUUAAGAGAAAGCAACCCACCCAAAACCGAAGAGCCAGAAGGACCUGUGGAUACUGUUAAGAGUUGUCAGUUUCUUGAUGACAGAAUCCUGCAGUGCAUCAAGCAGAACGCUGAGAAGAUUAAGUCUGGUAUAUUGAAUGCUUCCACACUUCUCAAAGAGCUGCUUUCUUGGAAGGUUCUGAGCACAGAAGACUACACAACAUGCUUUUCUAGCAAAAAUUUUCUCAGUGAAGCAGUAGACUAUGUUAUCAGUCACUUGAUUGAAGAAAAGAACAGAGUGAAGACGCGAAUAUUUGUGCAUGUUUUGAGUGAGCUGAAAGAAAUAGACCCUAAGUUGGCUCCCUGGAUCCAGAGACUGGAUAGCUUCGGCUUAGAUGCCACAGGACCGUUCUUUACUCGAUACGGAGCAUCUCUCAAGGAACUUGAUUUUAGCGUCAUGACUUUCCUCUGGAAUGAGAAAUACGGCCAUAAACUGGGCUCUAUAGAAGGAAAGGAGCUGGAUUACUUCUGCGAGCCCGAGUCAGUGCUGGAAGCCCGCUGUUUGAUCUGGCUGCUGGAGGAGCACAGAGACAAAUUCCCCGCCUUGCACAGCGCUCUGGAUGAGUUCUUCGACAUAAUGGAUAGCCGGUGCACUGUGCUACGGAAACAAGACAGUGAUGAAAUGCCGUUUGGAUGUAUCAAGGUAAAAAACAAAGGCAAGAAAAAGAAGCCAAAAGAUUCAAAGCCAAUGUUAGUGGGAUCUGGAACAACAUCAGUAACAGCAAGUGGUGAGACUGUUACUCCAGAAGACCAUACCAGGCGCAAUUCAGAUUCUGCAGGCCCAUUUGCCGUGCCUGACCACCUCAAGCAGGAUGUUGAAGAAUUUGAAGCCCUUUAUGACCAGCACAGUACCGAGUAUGUUGUUCGCAACAAGAAGUUGUGGGACAUUAACCCCAAACAGAAAUGUUCGACUCUGUAUGAUUACUUCUCUCAGUUGUUGGAAGAGCAUGGCCCCUUGGAUUUGAAUGACAAGGUGUUCUCUGAAGAGGAUGAGUUCUUCCCUGAGGAAACUCGGCAGAUGCUGGAAAGAGCAGGAGGCUUGAAGUCUUUCCUCCUGGGGUGUCCUCGCUUUGUUGUGGUAGAUAACUGCAUUGCCCUGAGGAAAGUCGCCUCGAGACUCAAGAAGAAGAGAAAGAAGAAGAACAUGAGAGCUAAGGUUGAAGGAAUGUCAAAAACAGGAGAAUAUUUACGAGUUAACCUACCCCUGCAUCCAGCUGCCAGGGAGUUUAAACCAGACGUAAGGAGCGCGGCAGCGUGUGAAGACGUGGCGUGCGCAGCAGCGUGUGAAGACGUGGCGUGCGCCGAGUCCCCGAGGCCCCCACUGGACUCUGACAGCUCUUCUGGCUCAGCCUCUGAGGACAGCAGACUGGAAGUGGUCUCUUCUGACUCUCCCACCCCACUCUGUGAGGAUGUGCACGAACCAGCCUCCUCUCCUUCCCCCACACCAGCUCCCGAAGAUGCCAAGCCAACAUACUGGGCUCAGUCACACGUGGUCUCGGGGUUCUGCUCAUACCUUCCCUUCCAAGGGUUUGACGUCAGCCAGUCGAGUGCAACGUACGUAAACGUGGCGCCAAGCCUGUCACAGUUCACUGGCGUCCACGCGCCUUUGGCCAGCACCUCUUCUGAGCACCCCAUGCAGAGGUCCAUGCCAGUGGUGCCAUCUUUUGUAGCCAGCGACAGAGCAGAUGACAGUGCCACUGCAUAUUUCGAGGGUCACAAUUCGUAUGCUGAGAAUGACUCUGGUGACCAGAUUGCCUCUGAAACCCAGAUCCUUGAGGAGCCCUUGGGAGUAUUUGUGAAGUCCCAGAGCAGCUCGGCUGAUGCUGCUCCAGCUCUGAGUGAGCCUGACCGACACAGCAAGCAUGGAGGGAGCUCAGACGGCUACUCUGAAGCUUCUCUAGAAAGUACCUGUGGGGUGGCAGAUACUCCACCCGCAUCAGAGGCUGCUGUGCAGGUGUCUAGGAGUGUAAUGGAUCAGGGCAUCAACACCGAGCCAUAUGGACCUUUUGAGACACAGCAGGGGGACCUUUCCCAGAUUGAAAAGGAAUACCACCUGUUAAGAGACCAGCUGAGGGCCGCAUGUGAGAACUAUGAGCAGAUAACACUCCAGAGCUCAGAAGAGACCCAGGACCUGGAGGAAAAGCUGAGAAGGAAUGCUGAAGAGAACAAGAUCUCAGAGACAGAAUUAGACUGGUUCCUCCAAGAUCUGGACAGAGAAAUUAAAAAAUGGCAACAAGAGAAAAGAGAAACCCAAGAAAGAUUGAAGGCCCUGAAGAAAAAAGUGAAAAAGCUUGGGAACACCAGCGAAGCGUCUGCCCAGAAGACUGAAGGAUUGGGUAAGGAGUGCAGAUCACAUCUGGACCAGUCUGUGGGAAUCAGUGGUGCUCUCACAGAGGAGAAGACAGCAGUGGACGAGUCCCUCGGAAAAGGAAGAGAGCUGUACGAGGAGAGCCACCAGAGAGCAGUGGCUGCCGAGGUGUCUGUCCUUGAAAACUGGAAGGAGCGAGAAGUGUAUAAAUUACAGAGUUUGGCUGCACAAGCGGAAGCCUAUCUUAAGAACCUCAAGCUGAUGAGCAGUGAUGCUGCAUCGUGCCCCGAGAUGGAGUGUGAUACAUCCUCCUGGGAGUCCUUCCUUUCCAACGUGAGAGAAGAAGUGGAGAGCACAAAGUCUCAGUUUGAAGAUCAAAUUAAGGCCGUUAAAAAUGGCUCUCGGCUCAGCGAACUUCCCAAAGUGCAGACUUCUAUGCUUUCCUUUCCUGCCUGUACGAUGUUACCCUCUGAGUUUUCAGGCCAUGAAGAUCAAGGGCCCAUGACUUCUGUAGACAUGACUGGAGCAGUCUACAAUGAUUUCCUUGUGGCACCUCCUAGUGGCUCCCCAGAGGAGGUUCCUGAACUGAUACUAGGAUCACCCACCCAUCAGCCUGAAGUUGCUCAGCCUGAAGAGCUCAAGAGGGCUAGCCAGGCAUCUCCAUCAGAACAAAGCCCCGAGGCGGAGGAGAAGCCACCUGGACCGGCUCCUCGGUCAAGCCAGUCCCCAAGCAAGAUUUUCAGCAGUGCCAUUGAGCAUUUGUUGGUGGUGUUCCCGUGCUACACCAGCACUGAGCUUGCUGGUUUUGUUAAAAAAGUUCGAAACAAAAACAAGAACUCACUCUCUGGCUUAAGUAUUGAGGAUAUUGUUGAAAGAGUCACAGAACACAUUCUAGAGGAACAGAAAAAGAAAAAGCCAAACCCAGGAAAAGACAAGAAGACAUCUGAGGCUCACGCUGAUGCUGCGGUGGCUGAGUCCUCCCAGAGUGCACCCUUGGCCGUUGUUGGGCCGUCAUCCAAAACCAAAGGCCAGAAGAGAGAAGACGUCCCUGCACCAGAUGCAAAUUCCUGUGAGCUAUGCCAUGAGAUGUUCAAGUCAAAAAACAUGCGUGUGCUAAAAUGUGGGCACAAGUUUCACAAAGGAUGCUUUAAGCAGUGGCUUAAAGGGCAGAGCACCUGCCCUACCUGCGGCAGCGGGGACCUGCUGUCAGAAGAGUAGCCUGUGGCUGCACCCUUGCCCACCCAGCGCAGCUGACGAUGGGAACUGCGUCCGUUUCUGUAGGUAGUCACUCCUCACCUGUGUGAUGCCUGACAGCAAUGUCCUGUCACCCGUGUGGACACGGAUUGCACACUCCAACACUGUGUACCACCGAGCUAACCAGCGGAGUCCUGAGUGCCAUCCACAUCAAGUUCCCCCCAGUGGCAGCCGUGUGUGGGCCUCUGCGAUGCUGUGUCACACAUUCCUACGCUGGUGGUGCUGCUGCGGGGGCUCUGAGAUGAGAGCUUCCUGGGGAGAGAGCUGUGAGCCCCCCAAAGCAGCGCUCCAGUUGUGAGGAUUCUUAGCUCUUCGGUUCUUCCCUGGAACUGUAUGGUCUCCUUCAUAAAUUUUGGUUUUUCGAGACAGGGUUUCUCUAUGUAACAGCCCUGCCUGUCCUGGAGCUCACUCUGUAGACCAGGCUGGGCUCAAACUUACAGAGAUCCGCCUGCCUCUGCCUCCCAAGUGUUGGGAUUAAAGGUGUGCACCACCAUCAACCGGCCCUUCUUAAAUUUUUAAAGUGCUUGUGAUCCAGUUGAUCCACAUCUUGGAAACCAAUUAUAAAAUACGUUUUAAAUUGGCUUGAGCUAAGAUUUUUCUACCCUGGAAGCAGGCUACCUGUUGGCAGCAGCCCCACACCUGAGGCUCACACUGAGAUCUCUGCGCUGGUCUCCUUAGCUAGUCUACCAGUGCUCCGAAGUGUCCAGCUAGCUAGACCUGAGCACACGAGUGCUGUGCAGAACCAGCCACCAUUGUUCUCCGUCCUUACACUACCACCAAAAAGAAAUACACCAGACAGUCCUGAGCGUUGGUGUUAUUAAAUUGUCUGUGUUUGACUUUUGUGUAAAGUAUUGCAUGCAAUCUUGUAUUGUGACCUGAAAUCAAUCUAACUGUUGUUAGAAAUUAUUCAAAACUAGGUAUUUUUAGUGACCUGUAUGCAGUGGCAAAUACAGAAACAUGAACCCUGGAUAUACUCCAUUUCUCUCAAACACGAAGAAACAAAAACCUGUUUGCCAGCGUGUUAACUGUUGCAGUAGCAGGUGUGGUCGCCUUCUGCUUGUGUCCAUGUGAGUUGUAGUGUCUAGUGACCUCGUCUGUAGCAGCUCACUCCUUACUCUGAGACAUUCUCCACGGUGGUCCCUGAACAUGACCUGCAUGCUCUAACAGUUGUGAGCGGUACACGUUCAAGUGCACAGGGAUACUGUGGUGUCCGGUGCAGACUGUAGUAGCCGCUGAGAGAAUGAACUCCUUCCCAUCAGAGCCUGUGAACAUGCCUUACACCUGUCCAGUAACUGUCAGUAAAACGUUGUGAAAGAUGA